GCUUCCGCUACGGGCAGACGUCCAUUUUGCUCGCUUGUGUGUGGAGCGUCUCUGAUUUAUGAGCCGCUUUUGUAGCCGCCCGCUCAUCGAAGCUUAAACAAUGGACGGAGCACCAGGAGGUAGAGGUGGAUUUCGAGGCCGCGGGGGCCCUGGUGGAUUAAUGAGGGGACGCGGCGGUUUCGGAGAUAGAGGAAGAGGUGGCCCUCUACGAGGCGGCAACAUGAUGCGCGGUGGACGAGGCAAUGGACCUGGCGGUGGCAUGCGAGGAGGCCCACCUAUGAGAGGCAGGGGUGGCCCUCCUGGUAGAGGCGGACGAGGAGGACACGGUGGACAUUUUCCAGGACCACCAGAACCUGGAAUGUCCAGUGGACCUGGAGGUGGCCCGCCACCCUUGGGAAUGGGUGGACCUCCGCGUGGCGGCGGCGGAAGGGGUGGCAGUAAUAGCUUCCGCAGCAGAGGCAGAGGUGACUUUGGCAGAGGAGAUAGCCGCGGGGGUAGCAACAAUUUCCGUGGUCGCGGCAUGGAUAGGGGUAGAGGAGGAUCCAGAGGAGGAUCGAGUAGAGGUGGACUUGGAAGCCGUGGUGGCUUCGUCGAUCGCGGUGGCCGGGGGGCUGGUGGUGGACGUGGUGGUCCGACGAAACGAGGAGGAGGCCCACCUAGCUCCAGUGGACCCUCCAAGAGGCCACGCUUCGAUCAGUCGUCUUCCCAACCAUCCAAUGGCUACGCCACUCAACCACCUAACCAAGGCGGUUACGGAGGAUCAAAUAACGCUUACGGCGGUCAGCAACAACCGCAACAGCAACAGUCAGUAGGAUACGGUGGCGGUGGCUACGGCUCGCAGCAAGGCUACACGCAGUCUUAUCAGGGCUACGAGAGCUAUCAGCAGCCCCAGGACUAUGGGCAAACGGGUUAUCCACCGUCCGCACCAGAUAACAGAUACGGCGGAGCGUCAUCGGUUCCGGCUGCAGGAGGAUUCGGCGCUAACGAUCCCUACAGUUACGGCAAAGCUCCGCCAUCAGAUUAUGCGAAUCAGGACGGUGUUUAUGGGAAACAGGACUAUGGUGGCAGUGCUGGUUACCAAAACGCCCAGUCUCAGCGACGUUAUUAAAGAUAUCCGUCACUUAAUUAAUAUCCAAUAUAUCCGCUCAUUAAUUUUGUAUCUAAGUAGACAACAAUUCUCCCAGGCGAAAAGAAAAAGAAAAAGAAAAGUGCGCAGAAUCGAACAGAUCGAAUCCGUCGUCUCCCGUCGCACGCGAGAGACAGAGAGAGAGAGAGAGAGAGCGAGAGAGAGAGAGAGAAAGGGUCACGUUUUUUUUCUCCUCUCGAAACUGCGAGAUACGAUUGUUGAUGAUGAACGAACGAUGACAAUCGUGGAAUCUGGAAGCAAGGUGACGUUUGUGAAAUCGGCAUGCGCCUCCCUGGACAAUUGACGGUUGUUGUUAUCUCGCUUUCCACGCGCGAAGGUUGAUCCGAUCGUACGUACGAAAAGUGUCGAAAAAGUUGGAAAUCGAUACUGUCACGGCUUGCCGAUUACAACGAGCGCAUGUAUUUUCUCGAAGUAAUGUCGAAGUGCACUGUCAAAAUUGUAUGAAUUUACCUUUUUCUUUUGCACUUGUCUCGGAACGCACUUUCUUCAAUUGACGCGUGUCGAAGAAUCGUUUCGCUCCGAACAAAAAAUCCUCGAAAGAAAUCUGGAUCUUCUCCCAGAGUUGAUUCCCAGCUUUUUCGUCAGGCACACACACAUACACACACACACACAACACACCUCCGCGUCACUUUGCUCCCAAGAUUUCUUUCUUCUUUUUUUUUUAUAGCUUUGCUUUGUCUUCGUCUCGUGCGCGUUGAACGAACUUGAGCUCGCAUAAUAUACCGCUUGACGACACUAGGGAAUACAUAUUUUAUACUUGACAAUUAGCAGUUAAUAAUACACACUAUACAUUAUUUCACUAUACGUCGCCUGUACGAAAAUCUAGGAUUAAGUCCCGGUAUCGAGCGAGUGAGAGCUUCUCGCCUCGGCCGUUCUCUUCGCGAUUCUUGCGUAGCGUAAUUUAACAUAACAAUAAAUGACUUACAAGAGAAACCAGCAAUGACGAAAGCGAUAAUGACGACACUGUAAAAGGUCGGCGUCCUGUUUUGUAAAUAGAAACCGUAAAUAAACCCCCCCUUUUUUUGGUGGAGAAGAAAAAAAGUCAAAUGGCAAAACGCGCGACUAUGUGUACUUCACCUCCCGCAAGGCUUAUAGAAAAAGGAGAACAAACGUUAAACGCAUAAGCACUUAAUGUGUCUCGACAGUUCCAUUUCCAUUAACUAUUAUCCAAAGUUUAUAUAUACUCAGCUAGAAUUAACAAGUAUCGAGGAUUCUUUUGGAGCUAUUGGAAGGAUUAUGUAUUUUAUAACUUAUUGUAAUGGUUUAUUUUUUUUUGCCAAAAUUGCCUAUUUUAUCAUUUAUUGUAAACUUUUUGUUAAUGUUAGCUUUAUCAAUUUUAUAAUUUAUGAUUAUAUAAACAAUGGAUCUACGAUCUAACUUUGGUAGGCAGACAACCGUCACGACCGCCCGUCAGUAAUGAUCAGUCAUUAGCAGUUCUAUCAUACAUAUACUUGAGACAAUCGUCAAUUAACAAUUAAAUUAGUUACACAAUUUUCCAUGGCAUCAAAACCGAGUAGCGGUCGUUGUCCCUUUCUUGACAAUUAGCUACGGAGAAGGAAAAGUGUGAGCCUUGAUGUGAAAUUUCUUUCCUCGGCAGAGAAUUGUUCGGCCAGGAACCGAAUAUAUAGUUUAUAGUGAAUUCAGCAAUUCAGUUAUUAUAAUGUCAUUCUCUGUCGUGCAUUAUUUUAUAUUAAUUAACGAAACCCGCUUGGAAAUAAUUUGUAAUGUGUUUAUUGUAUAUGACACGUCUUUUAUGAAUAACUCUAUAUAGCGCAUCAUGUUGUUAUUGUCCCAAUUUAUUGUAAACGAUCGCUCGAUGAAAAAUGAAAGAAACAUUGAAAAAAAAAAACUGAAGAUCGA